UGAUAAUAAAAACUUUUACGCUGUAUUCUUAUCUAGUUUUUACGGUGAUUAUCAGAUCAACGUUCCCUUUCCGGCACCAAUUUAGUUCGUUAGUCUGUCUCGACUACUUGUAGUUCUCGUGAUUGUUAUAUCGUUAAAUCAAAACUUGCUCGAAAUUUUUAAUAUCAAAGAAAAAAUGGCUGAUACCCAAGUCACUUCACCCAUGAAUCCAACUUGCAUGGAAUCCGUCAACAGGAUCGUCAAACUUCCAGUAGUCGAAUCUUCCAUCAACGCCGCGACCACCGUUUACGAAAAAGUCAAAGAAUACAACAGCGUCACCCAGUGGACGUGCAACACCGCAGAAAGUGUCGUCAACAAAGCGGUUGAAGUAGGCAAACCCAUCGCUACACCCAUAGUUCAAGGCCUAGAAGGACCCAUCAAGAAAGUUGACGGUGUUUUUUGUACUGGUCUGGACUACGUGGAAAACAAAGUUCCAGCAGUUAAGCUUCCUCCUGGAGAGAUUCUUUGCCAGAUGUACACCACCACGAAAGACUACGUCAACAAUACAGUCACCCCCGCAAUUGGGGCGGCUUAUGCUUACGUCGAACCCGCCGUCAAAUCAGCGUACGAAAAAAUUGAACCUGCUGUAGAAACAGCGAAGACAGUGGUAGAGCCUGCUGUUGAAAAGGCGAAAGUUAUCGUCGAACCCGCUGUUGAAAAGGCGAAAACGCUUGUGGAACCGGCAAUUGAGAAAGCGAAGUCAAUUGUGGAACCUGCACUAGAGUCUCUUAAAGAAUAUGGCCAACAGAAAUUGGCGGAAUUGAACCAGUGUGCCCAAGGACAUCCGGAAGGGGAUAUGGAGUGUGAAGAAUGCCAGGCUGCUGCGAGAAACAUGGAGGAACACUAAAUUAUCAUAAUGUAUAGUUAUUUAUGUUAGUUUUGUACUGUGCUCAUUUUUAAGACUGCGUUUUAUACUGUAUUUAAGUAAUGCAUGGCUUUUAUGGUCUCAAAACUUUGGUAACUACUUUUGAAAUUUGUAUUUUACUGAUGUAAAAAAACAAUGGUUUGAGAUUACGAAUUUUUGUUUUGGGGCUGUAAAAGUAGUGAUAGGUAAAUCUUAGUAUUUUUGAAUAAAUAUUUUUACUCAU